AUGAGGGUUUUCAGCGCUGUGUUGUUAUGCAUUGGGUCGGUCUCCCUCGCAACCUCAGCGCCGGUCAACCAAAAAAACUCAUCACCACAAAGAGUUGAAUAUGACUACGAAUAUGACAAUUCAAACUCGAAUCAGGCGAGAGACCCAGCAGAGGCUGCAAGCCACUAUGACGCUUACAUCCAGGACGUCCAGGCCGCUGCCACUGGUGGUGGUAACAAUGCGAAGAAAGGUUUCAGUCAGGGCAGUGGUUUACGGACGAUAGCUGUUGGCUCGGCUAAUCAAGCGAAGACGGCGCUUGGCAAUCAACAAGCAGCGGCAUAUCAAGCGGCGUACGUGGCUAAGAAUACGUUGGCGCAAUCCGCGGCGCAGUCUAGUGCGACAGCUCAGGCUGCGCUGGCGGGAAAGCAAGUUAUCCUCUCUGGAUUGGAGCAGCAAGUGCGUGAUGCGAAGGUGUCGCUACAGGGCGAGGAAAUGCAGCUGCAACAGGCUAAGAGAGCGGCCCAAUCGGCGGCACAAGCUGCACAACAAGCUAUGCACCAGGUGAACGUGAUCCAAGCUGCUCUAAAUGCCGCACAAGCGACGUCGGAGAAUGCGAACGAGGCGGCUUCACAAGCGGCUGGUGAGUUGGGAGCUCAGACCGCUAUGGUGGGCGCGGCGCGACAGAGGUUGCAAACCCUGCAGGAACAGCUCAAGGGCGUCAGGAUUGACUUCGAGGCCACGCAGUCGGCAGCGAGAAAGGCUCAGGCGGCGGCCCAGCAGGCGCAGGCUAACGCAGCGGAGGCAGCAGCGAAGGCUGCAGCCGCCGGACUCGGCCAGCAUCGGGAUAACUCCCACGAAGGUACGAGCUACGAGGAGUACAAAGCGGCCCCGGAACAGAGCCAGGAAUAUUACCAGUCGGACUUCCAAAACUAGUAACAAUAAGGGUCUAGGUGCUGA